CAUUAUAUGUCAGAAAUUUGUUAACGAAUCACCUGUGACUUCAUAUUAGGUUGACAUCCGCGAUCGUGCGUGUUUCGUGCAGAUUAAGAAAACACAAUGGAACAUGUACCUUUCCACCAAACUCACUGCGUGACGUCAUUAACUUGCCACAAUAAAAUUAAUUCAGAAGGUUAACUGAAUCAAUAUUAUGAACUAAUAUUUUUUAUCUGUGCUUGCUAUCUGUCAGAUCAUAAUACGGGUGCCGUUGAAGUACAAUAUCUCGCUUUCAAAACUACAAGAACUUCUACUAUUCUUCUUAAAGAAAUAAUUGCCACAAGAAUUGGUGCUUCAUUAGACCAUAACAUGCGGUAUUCAACUAUCGAUCUUAUCUUAAUACUAUAUAGGUAUAAAUUGUGUUGAAGUUUUUAGAUCGAAUCGAAAUAGACGGUUUCUGUUACAGUGCUGAGUGAUGCGAAAUGGCAUGAAAACUUUUAUCAAGAGCAUAUACCUAGACGCGUCAGUAUCGUUUGGAAUGAACCUUCUUCCAAAAACUGUUGAAUGUUGUUCGCAAGAUAGCGUCUUCAUGAUUGACAUGUUGUUCCAAGAUUAUAGGGUGAUAAAAGUUAAGAGUAUCCCGAUCUGUCACGAUAAGACAUUAGAUAGUGGGCUAUAGUUAUGGUGUGAGGACGACUUGUGUGUUUAGUGCUUAAUUCCUUUGUAAUAAUAAUAUUUAAUGUUUGUUAUCGUGAGUGAUUAUGGCGAGUUUGCUGAAGAGGACGUUUAGUGCCAUUGGCCGGGAUAGUAAGGAGUCGAGUGCAUCCGCCAGUAAGGAGGCGAGUGUUAGUGAUGCUGCCUCAAAGGACGAAGAGACAGAGGCGACCAUGAACCGGGAGAACGUCUCCAACAAGAUCGCUGCCGGCAUGGACCGGUGGCAGAACACGCUUGAAGAGAUGAUCAACCUUAGGGGGUCGAACAACCAAGUCUUUAAGGACUACUAUUGGGCCCAAAAUGGAUUUGAUGAGCUCCGUCGCUACGUGAAGCAAGGCAGCGACUUCAGCAAAGAACUGUCUUCUAUAUUACAAGAGAGGAUUGAGGCAGAAAUAUACUACUCAAAAUGCUUGGCGAAGCUGGGCACGAAACUGACAAAAGCUUGCAAGGAGAGCGUCGGCUCGUGCGCCGAGGCGUGGAAGCAUGUCGCUAUGGAAAUGGAGAAACGAUCAGAAAUUCACAGAAAUUACUCAAGUGCUCUGUCCGAAGAACUAGUGAAACCAAUGAAACAUGUAAUCGACAAUCAAUUGAAGCUUAGAAAGAAGAUCGAAGGCAACGUUGACAAGACCACGCGAUCUCUCAGUGAUUGGAGAACAGCGGAGGCUAAGUCUAAGAAGCAUUCUCACACAGCGGCGCGGGAGAAUGAAAAGUUACAGGACGCCACUUUGGAGAUUAGCCGUCUGUCGCGUAGUUCGAGUGUGGGCCACAUACCGCACGCGCACUCCAUCCUGAGCGCUGCGCGGGCAGAGCGGCUGCCGAACGCGACGAGCGAAAAGGAUGCAGCUAAGCUUCAAGUCAAGAAGAGGAAGACGGAAGACGCCGUCAAGAAGACCGAGGUGGAAUAUUACAAUGUGUGCGUUCACGCAGAACGAGCUAGGUUGGAAUGGGAAACAAGUGUAGUGAAAGGAGCUGGCAUGAUGGAGUCUCUUGAAGAGGAGAGACUCGCUCAGCUCAAGACCGCCGCCGACUGUUACCUCAGGCUGACAUCCGCGAUCCCAGCUCAGCUAGCAGAGGCCACAAACAUUCUGGUGACUCCUAUAAAGAAUGCGAACGCCAACUCUGACAUGAGGGUAGUCCGCGGCGUGCGGACGGCUCCCACCGGCGCCAGCGAGCAACUGCUGCCCGACUUCUACUGCGAGCACACCACGCUCGCUAUGAACAAGGAGAGACGCAAACAGGCGCUGCUAAAAAUACUUCAACUAGUAAAACAAGACAUCGACAGGGAGCGCAAGUCUAAGCAAGGACUUGAGAAGCUCUCGAUGGCCAUAAAACAGACUCCAACAUUCGGCAACGACGAUUCACAGCAAAAUGUUGCCGACAAACUGUAUCAUAUGAGAAGCAUGCUGACUUACUUAGAGGCGGUGAGGUACAAGAUAACGGCCAGCCUGAACGAGCUAGACAGCAGACCGCCAGUGCAGCAUCCUCUGGCCGCGCAUAUACAGAUCAUACGGGACAAGCAAGGACUUCAACAGAGUAUACUUAAAGUCCCCCCAUGGCUCCAAGCAGACUACCAAAACGAGGUGAACAAAAACCUGCAACCAAACUACAGUGCCUUAACAAAGAGCGUCAGUGGCGGCGAGGAGAGGGAGCGGAGAGACUCCAUCAUGAGCAGAGCCUCGAGCAAACUGAGGAUAGAGCAUCUAUCGUUUAGAAGAAAUACGGAACACAAGAGUGCCCCAGCUACUCCUGUUGUGGACCUUCCAACGCCGACACUGCAGACUCAGCCGUUGGAAGCGCCGCAUCCACCGGAGAGCCCGCUAGACUGGAGCGAGCGCGGCGCUGGAGACGGGCUGUCCAACCAACAGGAUAGUGAUUUUGAUGAGUUUUCGUCGCAAAGUGAUAGUUCAACGGAUUUGACUGAUAUUAUAAAGAGCGAAAAUGGAGACAUUGCUGCGCAGACACCGUCCCUUGGAAAGUGUCGGGCUCUUUAUACCUACGAGGCUAGAUUGAAUGAUGAGCUCAAUUUAUCACCAGGCGACAUUAUAGACAUUCAUGAGAAGCAGGACGAUGGCUGGUGGAGCGGCGACCUCAACGGCAUCUACGGAAUCUUCCCUUCCUCGUACGUCGAAGAGAUCACAACCUGCAUAUAAUUCCGAUGGCUCGUUUCAAUGAAUGCGAACUGAGAAUAAAGUUUCAAGACAAAAUAUACGUGUUAGUAAAGCGGAGAAGCUUGUAUGAUUUUGUGCAUGUGUGAAUGAAUUGCAGACGAUACACGAACGAUCACUUCUGAUAAUUUUGGUUGCCGCGGUCAGCUUAAAUGCGAACUCCCGACCUAAGAUUGAUUGGUUGUCGCGGUCAUCUGACCUACGGCAACUAGUUCGCAAGCAUGGUAAUAUGAGUAAAUCAAACACUUUUCCACUGUCUGUGUAACGCCUUAAGAAUGCAUACUCGAUGAAAUUGUAAUAAUAAGUCAUGCAGUUUAUUCUGAAAUGAGAAUCGGUGUUGGUGCGUUGAUUUGUGUACAUGCAAGAAAUAUUCAAUGAAUUAAAAUGAAGUUUCGACAUGUUUUGAAGAGUAAUUGACAACUCAAAACCAAUUAAUCAAGUUUGAAUGAAAAUGUGUUAAUUGUUUUCUAUCAAAAGAAGAAUACGAUUUGUAAAUAGAAGAUAGCUAAAAUUGAAUACUAUUGUUAAAUGUUAUUGCGCAAACUUAACGCUGUAAUUGAAUUAUAAAAAGGUUGUUAUUUUUGUAUGUGAUUGUAUAAAGUAAAUUAUUGUAAAUCAGUUGCACUGUCCACGCUAAAAUUCUGAAAGGCCUUUAUGUUUUGUUGAAUUUAACUUUUAUAUUGAAUUUAUGCAUCAAAGGAAUGUUGAGUAGGUACGUUGUUUUAAAAAUAAACAAAACGAAAUUUCUAUGAUAAAUGUGAUUGAAACGUACGUACUACGUGAAAAUAGGGUUCUUUAUUGAAUAACAGUAUAGUGCACUGUAUUUAUGAAGUUAACACCGAAUAUUUAAAUUAGUAUUAUUUAGUACACAUUAUUGGAUUAUGUAGAACAAUAGUACCUAUUAUUAAUAUAAUAAACUUGAUUAAUGAAUGUAUUAUAUGGUAACUUAUGUAGGCAAGGUUAAGAGAUUUAAUAUACCUAACAUAAAAACUGAUGCUGUAAAUUAUACGAUAUAUAAAAUUAAACCAAAGUGUUGUUAUAUAAAUAAAUUGUUUAAGAAUAUAAAGCAAA